AUGGCAAUUAACUUAAAUUAUUCUAAUGGGGAAAUAGUUUCUUCUCCUAGCAUCAUUAUUCAAGGUAAAAGCUCCAUUUCAUCCAAACAGGCAGUUGUCCGAUUCGUUAAUGAUGAUAAUAGAGUGUUUCCACCACAAUAUUGUGAAAUAUCUAAUAGCGGCCAUUUCAAAUGUGUGGUUCAUGUUGCUGCUAACCAGGCCAACAACAUUGUAAUUGAUAUCCUAGAAAAUUGUGAAAUAUCUUCUUCGGGUUAUUUACAAUGUAAAUACAAGGACCCUCGCAUAGUCGACAGUACCAGCAUUAGAAUAAAUUAUUGUUUUUUAGAUAAGAACAAGCCAAUUCACUUAUGUUUGCUUGUCGGUAAAGACUCUUUGGGUCAAUAUGAUAUGCCGAAAUAUCGGUUGAGGAGAGGCGAAGAGGCAAACAUUGACACUGCUAUUAGGAAAUUAAAGGUAGCCGGUAGAUUGAUGCAAGCAUAUACUCAAGAUGAAAUGAGAGCUGUAGGGUUAAGUAAUCGCUCUUUUCAGUUUGUUGAAGAGGCGGUUUCUCAUCAGGGUGUUUUCGGCUAUGAUACAAAGUCUCCGGUCCCACAUAGUGAGGUAAAAGUUCAUGUUUUAAGGUCUCCUAAAACUGUUGCUGAACUUCAAGACCCUAAUUUGACUCAGCAAAAUCCUAAGGCUACAAAUAAAGGAUGGCUCUUUAGCCAUGCAUUAGAUGUCAUUAAAAAUACUCCUGAACUAUCUGAGAAAUAUAAAUCUCAAGGAACUCCAAUACAGUGCGCCGUAUUAUACGUCGACUCUCACUAUGAUUCUAAAAAAGAUUUAAUAUUGACCCACGCAGCAUUAGGUGGGGGUAACGCAGAUAUCAAGCUAGCAAUAUUCGGUUCCCAUGGAUUGCAUUCGUGGCCCACCAGUUUUGCUUCUGUAGGACCUAGUUUUCUAGAUGCCACACAUCUAUCAAAAUCUGAGGUUGCUAAUGAUUGCAAUCAAUGUGGAACAAGUUGGGAAUGUCUCAAUGUUACUAUGGGCGCGUUUAUGCAUGAAAUUGGCCAUUCUCUCGGAAGUCCUCAUCAAGUAGAUGGUGUAAUGUUGAGAGACUACAUCUGGUUAAAUAGGUCUUUCAUGACGAAGGAGCUUGAAUGUUUAAGAGAAAGAACAAAUGGUAGAUUCAUAGGCAAUGACGGAACGUGGCCAAAAGUAUGUCACUGGAACAUAAUGGAUCUAAUAAGAUAUUUUUAUCACGCUUCCUUUUCCUUGCCUGUUGAUAGAGAUUUCGGAAAACUUUUCAGUACGUACAUGAGGCGAUAUGAAGGAUACGACGAAAUGAACUCUGCUCCUUCUCUGUAUCACUUACUGCAAGGAUCUGCCUUAAUAAAAUCAAAGUCCGGAAUCUUCAUGUUUGAACUUGUCGCCAAAGGUCUAGCGAGAUACCACAUUGCAUAUUUUCCGCAUUCAUAUGGCGGCCAUGGGCUACAACAUGAAUUAGUCUUGGAUUACAAUUUCUGCUAUAAUGCCUUAAAAGGUAACUUCAAAGAAGCGUCUGAGAAUUUCGAUGUAAGAGUACUUUCUUUAGGUGGUGAUUUGUAUAUACAAGAUUUCAAAAGUCAUUGCGUAAUGGAUAGCAUUCGUGUUGAUAAGAGUAACUAUGGGCUCGGGGAAGGUACUUUUAAUUGUUUUAAAAGUUCUUUACUUGGAAAGUCCAAAGACAAAAAGCAAGAAGUUUCUCUCUUCAAUCUUGAUACUGUGAAGAAAGUCAGAAUAUUUCAUGGAGGUGCCUUGGAUGGCAUCAAAUUCUACUACCAUGGACCUUCGAGAACUACUGAUGAUCCUCCAAAAAUACCGCCUAGAAAUUACAUAGAUAAACUUGCACAAAAAAUUAAACAAGUGGAUAUUUCUAAGAAUGACUCCGAAUUCAGUUCAUUAGUUGGACAUGAGAAAUCGAAAUAUUCAGAAUUCAUUUUGAAUGGUGGAGAAAUUAUCCAAAAGCUUCAUAUAAGAAACGGAGCCUGGAUUGAUGCUGUUCAAUUCGAGACGAAUACGGGAAGGAAAUCGCCAAUGUACGGAAACUCCAAGGGAGGUCACCUAUCCACCUUAGAGGUCCCGAGUGAGGGUUUUACAAUAAUGGGAAUGUACUGGUAUGUAGGAUCAUGGUUAGAUGGAAUUGGUUCCCUUUACACGAAUGAAAUAUAG